CAAUGUUUGGCCAACUCUGUUAAUUUUUUCAACUUUCACCAAACCAGGAACCAUAACCCCAUCUUAUAUUAGAAAGAAAAGAAAACACACACACACACACACUCUAUCUCUCAGUAACCCCAUCUAUAUUAGAGAAAAACACACACACACACACACACACAAAAAGUCUCUCUCUAUCUCAAGGGCUCCCACUAAGAGUCACCACCCACCCCCCUGUUAUACCCCCAACCCCAGCCCUACCCCACCCCCUCAUCGUAAAAACUGGUUUUCUCUAUAAAAAGCCCUAAAAGGCUCCUCCUUUUCAACGCAUUUCCCACCAGAUCUCUUGGACUCACACUCCUUGGAGAUACGUGCUUGUUGAGGCUUUCUCAUCUGAUAACACCUCUACUCUUUCUCGAGAAGCGAUAUUGCGCGUCAUCAAUGGAGAGUAACGGGAUGAUGUUGUUCACGGAAGAAGAGCUGAGGGAGAUAAGUGGAGUAAAGAGAGGAGAUGAUUACGUGGAAGUGAUGUGUGGGUGCACCAGUCACCGAUAUGGUGAUGCUGUUGCUAAACUUAGGGUUUUCUCUUCUGGUGAACUACAAAUCGACUGUGAUUGUACCCCUGGUUGUGAUGAAGACAAGCUGACUCCAGCUGCAUUUGAGAAGCAUUCUGGGAGAGAAACUGCAAGGAAAUGGAAGAAUAAUAUAUGGAUCAUUGUCAAUGGUGACAAAGUUCCUGUGGUAAAGACUCCACUGCUAAAAUAUUAUAAUCAGUCUUCAAAGCAUGCUAAUGGGUCACAUAGAUCACAAAAUGGAAAAGCUUGUCAUCGUGACGAGUUUCUAAGAUGCACAGAGUGCAGGAAAGAGCGCAGGUUCCGUCUCCGUUCAAAAGAAGAGUGCAGAAGUUACCAUGAUGCUUUGGCGAAUGUGCAUUGGAAGUGCUCUUGUAUUCCUUAUGACAAAGUUUCAUGUGAUGAUGAAGAAGAACGAGCAAGCCGUAGGGUGUACAGGGGAUGUUCUCGUUCUCCGACAUGUAAAGGUUGCACCACCUGUGUUUGUUUUGGUUGCGAGAUAUGCCGAUUUUCAGACUGCAGUUGCCAGACGUGCAGCGAUUUCACAAGGAAUGCAAAAGCCUGAUUAUUCUAUAAUUUGUUUCCAAUUUAAAUGGGGUAUGUUUUCCCCAUCAUUAAUUCAUUUGAACCCCUGCUGUCCAUGUUUUUGCUGAAUAUUAAACCCAAAUUUACAUUUACAAUCAAAGGCUUUUCUCUCUCUAA